AUGACAGCAACGGAGCAGAGGCAGCUCGCUCAUCGAUUCGGCGGGGAGUGGCAGCAGUGCCCGGGCUUGCAGCCCUGCGGCCGGUGCCAGCCGCGGCACUGCGAGUUCGGCGACUGGGGCGAAUGGUACGGUCAGGAAGCGUGCAACGGCCUCCGCUUCCGCCGUCGCUCCGUCAACACCACCAGCAACGAGUGCGGCGCGCCCUGUUCGGGCCCCAAGGUUGAGACCGAGGAGUUCAGAAAUCCAGACUGCCAGCUGGAUGAGCAGGACUGCGUCUUCUCGGACUGGUCGGAGUGGACGGGGUGCGGGUCCAAGCGAGACCAGUCCACGCGGCACCGCGAGAUAGCGAGCCCGCCCAGCGGGGCUGGCAGGUCGUGCUCGGGCGGCCUGGAGGAGACCAAACCCUGCGGCGGCCCGGAGCCGGUGCCGUGCCUGCUGUCGGACUGGCGCGACUGGACCGAGUGCAGCGUGUUGGGAUUCAUCAUGCUGACGUUCGGCAGUCCACAGUGCCCUGAGGAAGUACAGCAUGUGUUUUUUGGCAGCAUCGGGCGGCUCGAUUAUUCGGUGGAGUUUGCGCUGGGCUGCUGCUGGGGUCAUGUCGUGCCCUGCUUCAUGCAGAGCUCAUGGGGUCGCUCUCACGGAAGGGCGCACGUGAAUGCUGUCAUGUGCGAAGAAGCCACUUCUCCGCUGUUCCUGCUGACGCUGGGGCUGGUCCUGCUGCUGAUGCUGUCUUUCUCGCGCACCUGCCUCGUGCUCUACCGUCUGCUGAGGUUAUGCUUCCGCUGCCGCGGGGCCUCCAGGAGCUCGCCUGGGCGCGCGGGCUCCAGUCCGGAGGCCCCGCUGCUGCAGGCGGACAAGGCCGAGGACAAGACGGAGGCGGAGGUCGUGAACAUUGCAGAGGUCAUGGGAGAGCUCGACGAGAGGGCACGCACCAAAGGUUUCGUGCCGGCAGGUGAUAACAACAACAAUGCUUUAUUCGUCGAGUACAUCUUUCAAGAGUAUGCUACAGAUUGGCGCCUCUGGGUACUUCUGGAGAGGUGCAGCAGUUGCACGCUCCCCGUCCUGCUGUGUCUGUGGGUUUUUUUCACCUUCGGAUUCUUCUACUAUCACUCGGGGCAUUGCACAGAUGGCACCACCUGGAAAUGGGGGCUCAGUGGAAUGAUCUCUUUCCUGCUCUUCGUGGGAUCACAGUCCUUGAGCUUCGGUCACUCCUGUGUCCGCUAUGUUCUGCCGAGGGACUGUGGGGGGCCCGAGGUCUUGGUUGAUCUAAGAGCCGUCCGAGACGUGCCCCAAGGUGGGCUCGACAGGCAGCAUAGUGAGCGUCUGAUAACGUGGUUCCAUGAUCCUGCGGACUACUUCUUCAGGGGGGAGAAGCGCCCGAGGGUAUUCUCGCGCUCGUACUGUUCGGUACGGGUCGGCCCCGUGGACAAGGACAAGGUCCUGGCGAUGCACUACUACUUCAAGAGCGUAGACUGCGCCCACGCUGGCAACUCGGGGGAUUUCUGUUUGUGCCGUAUUUUUUUUCUUCCACCUUUGUCGGCUAUGAUUUCCUCGGGAUUGUGA